CGGUUAAAUCUAUAGGCAAAGGAUGGUUUCGUGGAACUUCCGAAAGUUUGAAACCAUGAAACAUCUAUCGUUGCUACUAUUGUGUGUUUUCUUAGUUAAGACCCAAGCUGCCAACGAUGACUACGAUGAAGAGGACAUCAUGGAUGCCCGCGGACAUCGACCCAUUGACAGGAGGAGGGAAGAGCCUCCCAGCCUGAGACCUGUUCCUCCUCCCAUUAGCGGAGGCGGCUAUCGGGCCCGCCCAGCCAAAGUAGCUGCCAGCCAAAAGAAGGUGGAAAGAAGACCCCCUGAUGCCGGAGGCUGUCUUCAUGCUGACCCAGACCUGGGAGUGUUGUGUCCUACAGGAUGUCAGUUGCAAGAAACUUUGUUAAGCCAAGAAAGACCAAUCAAAACCAGUGUUGCAGAGCUAAGUAAUAAGGUGGAGACUAUUUCUCAGACGUCCACUACCACCUUCCAGUACAUGAAUCUGCUAAAGGACAUGUGGAAAAAGAGGCAAGCGCAAGUCAAAGCUAAUGAAAACGUCAUAAAUGAGUUCUCCUCAGUGCUGGAAGACCAGCGGUUAUAUAUCGAUGAGACUGUGAAUGAAAAUAUCCCAAUUAAUCUGCGUGUCCUCCGCUCAAUCCUGGAAAACUUGAGAAGCAAAAUUCAAAAACUCGAAUCUGAUGUCUCGGCUCAGAUGGAAUACUGCCGCACUCCAUGUACUGUCAGUUGCAAUAUUCCCGUGGUGUCUGGGAAAGAAUGUGAGGAAAUUAUUAGGAAAGGAGGUGAAACAUCUGAAAUGUAUCUCAUCCAGCCUGACAGUUCCAUCAAGCCAUAUAAAGUAUACUGUGACAUGAACACAGAAAAUGGAGGAUGGACCAUAAUACAGAACCGUCAAGAUGGUAGUGUUGACUUUGGCAGGAAAUGGGACCCAUAUAAAAGAGGAUUUGGAAAUAUUGCAACCAACGAAGAUGGGAAAAAAUACUGUGGCUUACCAGGUGAAUACUGGCUUGGGAAUGAUAAGAUUAGCCAGCUUACCAAGAUGGGCCCCACGGAACUUCUGAUUGAAAUGGAGGACUGGAAGGGAGACAAGGUGAAGGCGCUGUACGGCGGAUUCACAGUGCAGAACGAGGCCGGCAGGUACCAGGUCUCGGUGGACAAGUACAAAGGAACAGCUGGCAACGCGCUCAUGGACGGCGCCUCGCAGCUGGUGGGGGAGAACCGGACCAUGACCAUCCACAACGGCAUGUUCUUCAGCACGUACGACAGAGACCAUGACGGCUGGGUAUCUGCUGACCCAAGAAAGCAGUGCUCAAAAGAAGAUGGUGGUGGAUGGUGGUACAACAGAUGUCAUGCAGCCAAUCCGAAUGGGAGAUACUACUGGGGCGGUGCUUACUCCUGGGACAUGACCAAGCACGGCACAGAUGAUGGUGUGGUGUGGAUGAAUUGGAAGGGGUCGUGGUACUCAAUGAAGAAGAUAUCUAUGAAGAUCAGGCCUUUCUUCCCUCAGCAAUAGUUCUUCAAAACAGACUUUCAUUCUUCUAUGUUUGACUUUGUGGUUUUUUUUAUGUUAUGUUAUUGGAAUUUUCUUGGGUGUAUUACAUCCAUUGAAACUCAAUAGUUGAGUGUGUAUUUUUGGGAAAGGUACAGGAUAAAGGACAUUAAAAUCAGCUCACAGUUGUCUUUUGUACUUCUCAUUUGGCUUACCUACAAGAACUGAUGGAAAGCACUUUUUUUGAUGGGUGGAGUCAGUUGAUUUCAGCUGACUGUGAAAAGCUUCAAAUUAGGAAGAGGGUUCACCUAACCUCGUAGAAGAGCAGUCAGGCAAAGUGGAAACCAAUGUUUAAAAGUCUACUUUAAAGAAUCUUACUUAUUUAUCUAAGAUGUGUCACUAAAAACA